AUGCAGUCGAGCUGGUUGUUGAACCCACAGUGUGUGGACGUGCAGCAGUGGGACAGCUUGGGCUUGGUGGCCUGGAUGUUCGUGAUCGGGCUUUGGUGUGGGACUUGGCUCAGCUCCCAUAUCUUCACGGAUGCCUCGGGGAACCUGCUUGCUAUAUGCGGGCACUUGGUGGAGCGAAUGGCCAACUGGCCUGCUGGCUGCCCUUUUCGACCGUCCGCGUGCAUGGAAGACUCCAACGAGUUCCAUUUCGGAGAAGUGAAAAGUGGCAUUGUCCAUCGCCUGCCGACCAUCCGAGCUGCCCUGCACACCACCCAGCUGCUUCACGUGCGUCGCAAGAAGGCCAUGGCUAGCUUUGCAGUCGACAAGAAAAAGCUGCUUCCCUGGAAAGCACUGACGGAUGCUGAAGCCAGCCAGGCCGGGAAACGAGCCUUGGAGACCGUGUGCACGUACAAAGCCUUGACGAGCGUUGGCAAAAGUGCUGCUGACAUGCGGGCUGCCUUGCAAAACUGGUGGAACGUCAUUGGCAAGCAGAUGGUUGCAGAUCGGCUGCGGUCCUGUCACAGCCAAGAGGAGCUGCAGGAUGAGGAGGAGGCCCACUCGGACGUCGAAGACUGUGCCGUGGACCCUGCGAACCCCGAGCUCGACCAGAACCUAGAAGUUGCCCAGACCCUGGCAUGCUUGCAGAAAGAGUCCGAAGCCCUUGCAGAGAUGUACCGCCUGGAAGAUGCCAUGGAUCCCGCUUCGACAUCUGGUGACCUGGUUGCAAAGAAUCCCGCUUCGACGUCUGGUGACCUUGCUGCAAAGGCUGCGAAGGAUCCGGUUCCGCCGCCUGCAAAUGAUCCUGUGACAGUGACGGACGAGCAGCCCGCGAUGACACUGGAGGCCACUCUGCGGAAGCAUGGCUUGGACAAGUACGAGCCGAUCGAUGGUGACUCCGAGCAUGCGAUGCUGAUCCGACUGCAGAAGCUGGCUCCGGACCAGCUCCG